AUGGUAUUGGGAUCUCACGCCCCCCAAGAAACAACUGUGGGAGCGCGCUCGGGGGGAGAGCAGGCGGUGCUGUUGGAGCGGGCAGAACAACCGCUGAGGCAGAGGGAGCUGACGGCAACGGGGAAGAAGAAGGCGGAGGAGCUGCCUGCAGAACAGACGGGGACUGUGGCUAGAGUGGCGACGACGAAGGUUGCGACGGCGGCGACUGAGCCUGCAGAAGAAGAUGGGACGGCGGAGGGGAGGACUGUGGCACCAACGAUCGCGGAGAACGCGGGAGAGGCGGAGGAAGGAGGGACUGACGGUGAGUACGGCGGAACGACUGCUGCUGACGCGGUCGCAGAAACGCAUGACACCGUCAGCCAUCAGGGAGUACGAGCAGCAGGGAGACCGCAAGGGGUGGAGGCGGGGGCGAACCUCAAACCGAACAGACUGCGACUCGACCACAACCACAGGCACGAGUAA